AUGGCUUCACCCAAGGUGAACGAGGCCCUAGCCCAAAUCGGCCCCGACGACGGCCCGGCGUACGAGGCCCUGCUGUCCAAUAUCAAGAACCUGUCGACCCCUGCCACCAUCACCCAGGACCUCAAAGCCAUCGUAGAUGCCUCCUUUGCAGCAUCUCUCGGCAUCGUCUCCACCCGUGCCGUUCUCACCACCUUCAUCAGCACACUCAAAACCCUCGCAAACGACGAUCUCUGGAUUGCCGUCGGCACGCACGCCCUCGACAUCCUCAACAGCUCCCCCCAGGCCUCCUCCAGCUUCUUAGACCAGGCGGCGACGCUCCGCGAGCUCAUCGCCGAGGGCCACGAGCACAACGAGGACUUCCUCGACGCCGCCAAGAUCCUCGCCGAGAUCCCGCUCGACAGCUCCCAGCGCCGCGUGUCCGACGACGAGAAGGUGCGCGUGUGGAUCCGCAUCGUGCGCAACUUCCUCGAGGUCGACGACUCCACCUCCGCCGAGACCUACCUGAACAAGCUCAAGAAUGUCAUCUUCAACGUCACCGACCCGGCCCUCAACCUCCACUUCAAGCUGUCCCAGGCGCGCAUCAACGACGCCAAGCGCUCGUUUCUCGCCGCCUCGCAGUCCUACCACGACAUCAGCUACAGCACGGCCAUCUCCGAGGACGAGCGUCUGCACACGCUGAGCAUGGCCAUCAAGUGUGCCAUCUUAGCACCAGCGGGACCGAACCGGAGCAGGGCGCUGGGGCGGCUGUACAAGGAUGAGCGAGCAGCCGGCCUGGAAGAGUUUGGCAUCCUCGAGAAGAUGUUCCUCGACAGGCUGCUGGCGCCCGCCGAGGUGGACAAGUUCGCGCAGGGCUUGGCGCCCCAUCAGCUGGCUCUCACGGCCGACGGCACGACUGUGCUGGCGAAAGCGGUCGUGGAGCACAACCUCCUUGGCGCUAGUCGUCUCUACACGAAUAUCGACUUUGACCGUCUGGGGGUCCUGCUUGGCUUGGACGGCGACAAGGCGGAGGAGACAACUGCGUUGAUGAUUGAGCAGGGGCGGCUUGUUGGACGCAUCGAUCAGAUCGAUCGAGUGAUCUGGUUCGAGGGUGGGGAGGCAUCAGGAGAGAAGGGCAGUGGACGGGCAGAGGUCGUGGUAGGCAAGGAGAUGCGCAGAUGGGACGCGAAUGUCCAGUCUCUUGCAGAGGAGGUGGAGAACGUGACCAACGCUCUGCAGAAAGAGUUUCCGGAAUUUGUGGCUGUACACCUGGUCGUUUAA